AUGACGAACAUUGCAAAGAAUGGAAUGCAAAAGCGCAAGCCAAAGGUACUGAUCAGGAGCUCGGGAUUCAAUACUCAGGCUCGGAUGCGUUGUGAUGGCCUGCCAUUGUAUCGGACCUCGCAACGAACAACUGUGACCGAGUCAUUCUACGCACGCUUCCUGGCAUACUUCACGUCCGAUGGCGAAGGGACAGAUAUCAGGAAUCGGCGUACUUGGUUGCAUAGCCUGCCUGUCUUGACCACAGAUGGCACGAAUGAAGCGUUGGUAUUGGCAGUACAAGCUACUGCAUCUGUCUACUGUGCUGUCGAAACUGGUAAUAUAGCAUUGACGCAAUACUCUCGAAAACUAUACGGCGAAGCGUUACGGACACACUAUCGAUUCAUUUCCCGGCCACAGAACAAGUAUGAAAUUACAGUACAUAUGGUAUCUACGAGCGUCCUGUUCAGCUUCUUCGAGGCUAUCCAGGCUACAGAUGCCGAAGCAUAUCGCUCACACAUCUACGGAGCUGUCCGGAUGCUUGAAGUGACCAAACCAAAACAAUGUUCAGGAGGGGCAUUAUGUCAGAUCUUCUACCAUCUCCGGACCCAGACGGUAUUCAUCAAUUUGACUAGGGAUGGCGAAGAAACACCCUUCCAAGUACAGAGAAUCUUGUACGGGUCACUAGAUUACAUUCGACUACCCGUGUUCCAGAGAUUGCUGAGCCAUGUAUCCUACCUGAUAGAAGAAAACGCUGCACAGAAAAGUGAUGCGACACAACACCCUGUUGACCUCGAGACAUAUACGGAGGUCGCGACCAAUAUCGAGGAGCUCUGGCUUGAGUAUGCAGGUGGAGCAGCGAGUAAUGACACGCCGGUCUUCUGGCAAGAUGUCACGACUGAAGCCAUCCAAUUCCGCGACGAAUUCACGGCUCUGACCGUCGCAUACUUCAGCGCAGCCCGCAUUCUUCUUUGCAUCGUUAUGUCACGAUAUACGGAUUCUCUACUCACGACACCACAUCAACAUUCGAUCAUACUGCAAGCUUCACAGUAUCUGCAGACCAACACAAACGGUUUUGCAUACAUGCGUAUGGCCACGCCUCUACUACUGGUAGCACUGCAUUCUCCCGCAUCUAGCCAGAAGGAAAAGGCUACUGCUUGUUUCGAGCGCUGGAUCAAUAAGCCCAUGUCCGGCAUUAGCGCACUAGCACUAGAGAGAAUACGGCAACAUCUAGUACCAAAAAAACAUCUGACAGCUUAG